UCUGUCAGUCCCGAACCAUUUUGCAUCUUACCUAAAUGGUACUAAUGGAGAAGUGAAAGUGAAAUCAGGGCUUUAGGGUUUGGGACUUUUUUGUUUUUUUUUAACUAAACGGCCAUUUUUGACUGUCUGUCCGAGUCUGGGCUAUCCUAUUCUCUCUCACACACACAUGUAUACACACAGUCGUCGCAUACACACAUAUACACAGUAAAAAGCAAACUGUGUUUUGGGUCUGAGAGAUGAAGAUGAGUGAAGUUGAGCAACGUCAAGAGUUGGAAGGUGAUGUUGAUCAUGAUGAAGAGAUGGUUAAGAAGGAAUGGGCAGUAUCAGAGAAGACACUCAAAUCUAGGGAAGAUAGUGCGAAUCUCGACACCACUUCCUCCAUGGGUAGAUUGAAGAAGCCGAAGGUGAUGAAGGAUUAUACUUUUGAAUCUUUAAUAGUCAAGAGGAGAAAGGCUUCGGGUUCCAAAUUAAAGCAGGUAAAACUUGAUCAUGUGGGGAAGUCUAUGAGCUGUAAGCAAGCAAAGACUGCAAGUAAUGCAUUAAAUAGUCCUGGUGAAGUUAAGUCAUCCACUUUGAUUCGAGCAGAGGAGGUUCAGUCUAGUCUAGAUACUGAAUUCCCUAGCUUUGCGAAACUGAUGGUUAAAUCGCACGUCUCCACUGGUUUUUGGAUGAGCCUCCCCGUGCCCUUCUGCAAGUCACACCUACCAAAAAAGGAUGCUACUCUUAUUUUGGAAGAUGAAAGCGGGGAACAAUUUGAAUUAAAAUUCCUUGCAGAAAAGUCGGGACUCAGUGCAGGGUGGAAAAAGUUUGCUGUUGGACACAAAUUGCUCGAGGGAGAUGCUUUGGUCUUCCAAUUAGUUGAAGCUGACAAAUUUAAGGUGUACAUAAUAAGAGCAAAUAAUUUGACUGAGGUAGAUGGUGCUCUUGGCCUCCUAGAUUUGGAUGCUCAUGCAAAACUAAGUGAUGCAGAGGGGGUUACGAUAGCUCUCAAGAAGAAAAGGAAGCGUCCAAAGUCUAUUUCAUUGUCUAUGGCCCAAAAGAAGAAAAAGAAGACAGGUCUAUCUAUAUCAGCACCCAAACUUGUGCAGCCAGUAGAAUCUGAAAAUGAUAGUGAAGUGGUGGGUUCAAAAGAUCUUGCAGCUCCCAAAUUAACUGGUUCUGCUGUUCAGUUUAGCGACAUCAAAAGUUUUGAAGAUUUCAACAUUCCGGUAAAUGGGUUGUGUAUAGAUUCCGAGUUCCCUGAGCAUAUACGGACCAAGUACUAUGAGCUCUGCUGCAGCAAGAAUGCAUUUCUUCAUGCUGGUAUUCUCCAGGACGUUCAUUGGAUGUUGAUUGCUGGUACUAUUUUUGAAACUGUGAACAUUGCAGAUGCCAUAAGAGCCUGCAAGCUCACAACCUCUCGGGAUGAAUUUACAAAUUGGGAGAACACCUUGAAAUCAUUUGAGCUUUUGGGUAUGGAUGUUGGAUUUUUAAUUGCAAGGCUGCGCCGCCUGCAAACCAUCCUCUUUGAAUCAGAAGGUUCGUCGGAUAGAAAGAGGUAUUUAGAGGCUACAUUUUAUCGAAUUCAAGCCAAAGACGAGAUCAGAAACCUCGAAGCAAAGCUUGUUGAAUUGAGGGAAGCCUCGGAAAAGUUUGAAGCUGACAUUGAGACUCUGAAGUCCAAGGCCGAGAGCCAUGAGCUCAACUUUGAGGCAGAGGUCAAUGCUCCAUGGUAAUUAUUCCUAGACCAUAAACCCUCAUUUUCUUUUUGUAUACCUUGGUUAUAGCCACAUUUAACAGUUAAAAAAUGGGAAAUAUGUAAUCGAUAGUAUAGUUGUGGUCAUCAUUAGUAGUAGUAACAAUGUUUUGUAAGGCUAUCAGUUUCAAUUUAACCUCUCAAGAAUUGUAUAUGAAAUCAAUAUUGCAAUUUUUAUGACUA